CCAGCUGCACAUGUUCGCAGAUGCGAGUGAAGUCGGGUAUGGAGCAGUUGGGUACGUUCGAGUAGAGGACGCUGCGGGAAGGAUUACGACAUCCCUACUGAUGAGCAAGUGCCGUGUAGCCCCAUUGAAGACCUGCUCCAUCCCUCGCCUGGAGUUGACGGCUGCCGCUCUGGCAGUACAAUUGAGCACUCAAAUACUCUCCGAGACAGAUCUGCAUUUCGAUGAGGUGUGUUUUUGGACCGAUAGCGUCUCAACGCUCCGCUACAUACAGAACGUCACAUCUCGCUUCCAGACGUUCGUGGCCAACAAGUUAGCCGUCAUACAUGAUGGCUCAAGUCCUAACCAGUGGCGAUACGUCCCUUCAGAGCUGAAUCCGGCAGACAGCUUAUCCCGUGGUCAGUCAGGACCAGCGUUUCUUGCAUCUCGCUGGGUUCUUGGCCCAGCGUUCCUCGAGAGCGCCGCCUGUGAAUGGCCGGAUCAGGCACAAGUCCAACAGCUUCAGGGCAGUACAGAGGAGCUUGAGAUCAAGAAAAGCGUAGUCAGCGCCACCACAGCUACAGAAGGUAAUGACUACACUGCACAGCUGCUGAACAGCACAAGUGACUGGUUCAAGCUGAAGAAACGUGUCGCAUGGGUGCUUCGGUGGAAGCAGCUGCUGCAGAAGAGAGUAGCCGGCAGGAAGGAGUCCGGUACACGUGAUGAAGAUCUUCUUUCACCUAGGCUGUCCGUACAAGAACUUGAGAUGGCAGAAGCUGCGAUUCUGAGACAUGUUCAAGAACAGGCGUUUCCUGAAGAAAUGUCCGGUUCAGUAAGGAAGUCGAGCCGUUUGUUCCGUCUGAAUCCUUGUGUGGUUGACGGAACUCUACGAGUCGGAGGACGGCUCGUAAACGCUCAGAUUCCAGACGCUGCAAAACAUCAGCUGAUUCUUCCCAAGAAUGGUCACGUCACUGACCUCAUUAUACGGGACAUGCACGAGAGAAAGGGACAUUCUGGAAGGGAACAUGUCCUGGCUGAGUUGCGCAGAAGGUUCUGGAUUGUGUCUGGAAGCUCCGCAGUACGCAGAGUUCUGUCAAGAUGCGUUAGAUGUCGAAAGAUUCAGGGUUCGGUGGUGACACAGCAGAUGUCGAACCUACCGGAAGACAGAACGGCGCCAGAUGGUGGAGUUUUCAGUCGAGUUGGGACCGAUUAUUUUGGUCCGUUCUAUGUCAAGGUGGGACGAAAGCAGAUGAAGAGAUAUUGUGUGCUUUUCACGUGUCUCGCAACUCGGGCUAUUCACAUCGAGGUGUGCGAAACCCUAGAUACAAGCUCUUUCAUUAAUGCUCUUCGCAGAUUCCAGGCUCGGAGAGGUCAAGUGAAGUUUAUCAGGUCUGACAAUGGGACGAAUUUCACAGGCGCUGAGAGAGAGCUGAGAGAAGAAGUCCGCAAGCUGCAAGAGAAAAGCGUUCAUGACUGCUUACUGAAGGAGGGGAUCACGUGGAAGUUCACCCCUCCAGGUGCCUCAUCGCAAGGAGGUAUAUGGGAGAGACAAGUUCGGAGCAUCAGGAAAGUCCUGAAUGCGCUCCUCAGGGAGCAGACGAUGACUGACGAGUCGCUCCGCACGCUUCUAUGCGAAGUGGAGGCUGUGCUCAACAGUAGACCUCUAACGACGGUAUCAAGUGACCCAGCUGAUCUGCAGCCUCUCACCCCCAACGACCUGCUACUACUGCGUGGUGGUCCGGUGCCAGACGGCAUCUUCAGCGAGAGGGACAGCUGCUUUGGUCGAAGGUGGAAGCAGGUGCAAUAUCUCGCCGACCUGUUUUGGAAGCGUUGGGUAAAGGAAUACCUGCCACUUCUUCAGCAGCGCCAGAAGUGGGUCAGAACACGGAAGAACCUCUCUGUUGGUGACGUUGUUUUGGUCGUUGACGUUAACAGCCCGCGAUGUCGAUGGCCUCUCGGACGCGUAUUGGGGGUGUUUCCGGACAGCGAGGGUCUUGUGCGUUCCGCUAUGGUGAAAACGGCAAGCAGCGUCUUGAAGAGGCCGAUCUCGAAGUUAGUGUUUCUCAUGUAGAAUAAGUAAUGUGACGCACAUGGUGCGCACAUGGGGGCGGGUGUAGGCGGCGCCGCUGCGGCGCGCGGUGGAACGGGGGUGCGGGCUCCCAGUCGUGCGCCGCUCCGCUGAAGCCGGCUCGCUCUUCUCUCUACCCCGGUUGCCUCCCCGCUCUGCCUGCCUGGAGAGCCGGGACUACCUCCCCUCGGUUUGCGAGUAGCAUCGCCCAUGGUCCUAGAGGUGGACAUUUUCGUAUGGCCUUUACUCUGUUUGUACUUGAUUUUGCUGUACUUUGCGUUUUUCCGUUGUAUCAUUUGUACUAUAUUGAUUGUCGUAAACGACCAAUUUGAAAUGUAUCGCGUGAUUAUUUGAUAGUUUGAAUAUUCGAUGGCUCAUUGUUCGUUGGCGUAUUGUUAGAAGGCAAUUUCUGCAAUACUUCUCAGUACUCGUUUGUUGUGUGACGUGCCACCCGGCUCUAUGCCCGGCCAUAAUUCUGGAUCAUUCGCGCUGAUGGCGGCAGAGGCGGUCGUGUCGUGUCUGUGUUUGCGCGAGCGAUGAUAUGGCGUCGGAGAUGUGAGGCUGGCUUGGAAGGAUGCCUCUGGAUGUAUGGACGUUAGCCGCGAAGCGACCCAGAAGGCACAUUUGUCGCAACGACUGUUACUCUCGAGGUCGUGUGGGCUAUCCACUCAGCUCACUCGGUCCAAUAAACGGUCCGUUAAGACAUACUGGAUUUCGACACGCUGGGUCUGGAGAUGC